CUUCGGAGGUGAGCUAGUUUUAUCUCGUCUUCUACCCUACUGUCCUUUGCUUUGCGGUCCACAGACUAAUGGUGUUUAAUUUUCUGCUACCUUUUAUCUUUCUAAUUCGGUCGGUAACGUCGCUCGAAGUACUCCACUCUUCGGGAGAUCUGCACAUCGUCAACAAAGACCUUACUCCAGAUGGAGUUCCUCGUUCGGCAGUCCUAGCAGGUGGAACGUUACCUGGACCAUUGAUAAGUGGUGUUAAGGGCGACCGCUUUCAGAUCAACGUCAUCGAUGAAUUAGUGGACCACACCAUGGCCCUCGAUACGAGCAUUCACUGGCACGGUAUCCAUCAACAUGGAACCAACUUCGAAGAUGGUUCCGCUUCUGUUACACAGUGUCCAAUAGCGCAGAACAACUCGUUCAUGUAUGAUUUCGAUGUUCCGGACCAGGCCGGAACAUUUUGGUACCAUUCACACCUCGCGGUCCAAUACUGCGAUGGGCUGGUGGGACCUUUCAUCGUAUAUGAUGGAGUGGACGGACAGAAUGACCCUCACCGGGCGUUGUAUGAUGUAGAUGACGAAACUACUAUUAUUGUACUCUCGGAUUGGUACCAUGAUACAACGCCAGCACUAAUGGCUACCAAAUUGAGGCCAACACCCAAUUCUACCUUGAUUAAUGGGAUGGGUAGAUUCUUUGAAGAUCCCACGGCCCCUCUCUCCGUUAUUACUGUCGCUCCAAAUAAGCGUUACCGACUACGACUAAUCUCUGCAUCAUGCAACGCCGCCUUCAAAUUCUCCAUUGACGGCCACAACUUCACGCUCAUCGAAACGGACGGUAUUAACAUUCAACCGAUCACGGUCAAUUCUCUAUUCGUACUUGCUGCUCAGAGAUUCUCAGUCAUCCUGGAGACCAAUCAACCCGUCAAUAACUAUUGGAUUCGGUCUGAACCCAACAUCGGCAAUCUCGGAUUCCAAAACGGGAUUAACUCUGCAGUGCUGAGAUACGAAGGUGCCGACGAUUCCGAACCGAGGACUUCGAUGCAAACGGACAUUAUUUCUAUACGUGAAGUAGAUUUACAUCCACUGGAAUCUCCUGGGGCCCCUGGAGAUCCACUUCCCGGGGGAGCAGAUCUCGUCCUCAAUAUCACUCUUGGCUUUGAUGCCAAUACUAACGUCUUCCUAAUGAAUGGCGUCGAAUUCGUAGGACCCACCGUUCCUAUACUACUUCAGAUCUUGAGCGGUGCUCAGCGAGCGCAAGAUUUGUUGCCUCCAGGUUCUAUAUACGGAUUACCGCUAAACAAGACUAUUGAGAUCAAUCUCUUCGGUGGAAAUGCGAUAGAUGGACCUCAUCCGUUCCAUCUCCAUGGUCAUAGUUUCGAUGUCGUGAAAAGCGCGGACAGCGAUACUUACAAUUUUAACGAUCCGGCCCGCAGAGAUACCACAUCCGUUGCCCAAAACAAUUUAACGACCAUUCGAUUCAGAACUGAUAAUCCGGGACCUUGGUUCUUGCACUGCCACAUUGAAUUCCACCUCGAAGCUGGUCUGGCUGUCGUUUUUGCUGAAGAUAUCGGCGAUGUGGAACAGGUAAACAUAGGCAUUCCAGCUAGUUGGAAUGACCUUUGUCCGACGUACUACAGCCUUCCCUCGGACGUGACAAAGAAUGAUACCACCUAUACAGUUCCUACGUAUUAAGAUCACGGACUACAGUACUUCUCUCGUUGCAUUUAUGAACAGUACGUGUUCAAGCUGGUUUGCCAAAUGUAUUUAGUGGACAGCAUAAUGUCUUAAUUACUGUAAUAUCAG